AAAAUCUGUGCACAACUGGUUGUAAGUGAUUAAAUAAAUGGGAGAUUGGAGAAAUUUGUGACCUUCAGUGAUUUUGAUGGAUACACCAUGAUGAUGCAUACUAACAAGGCUAUAAACGGUGUUUGUAGUUUAACAACUUGAUUGCUGUUAUAAUCUACAAACAUUGGAUUUUAACAUUUUGGAUACGAAACUUAGAAAGAUAAAAUUUUGGGAUUUAGAGCUUGUUUCUCACACAGGUGUGUAGUGGCAAAAGGCGGCCACAAUGACGGAAGUGGACAAUAUGCCCUCAACAGGGGUCCGCUGGGAGUCCGGACAGAUUGAAGAUGACUUUGAAGGGGGAAAUAACUCAGCAAAACUAUUUGAAAGAUCAAGAAUCAAGGCUUUAGCUGAUGAGAGAGAGUCCGUACAGAAGAAAACCUUUCAGAAAUGGGUGAACUCUCACCUGGCCCGAAUUGGGUGUCGAAUCAAUGACCUUUAUAUUGACCUUCGUGAUGGCAAGAUGCUCAUGAAAUUGCUUGAGAUCCUCUCAGGGGAAAGACUGCCAAGACCAACAAAAGGAAAGAUGCGAAUCCACUGUUUGGAGAAUGUGGAUAAAGCCCUCACAUUUUUACAUGAACAGCGUGUACAUUUAGAGAACAUGGGAGCCCACGAUAUCGUAGAUGGUAGUAACAGACUCACACUUGGUCUCAUAUGGACCAUCAUUUUAAGAUUCCAGAUUCAAGACAUUACUAUAGAGGAGGCCGAUAAUAGCGAGACCAAGUCGGCCAAGGAUGCAUUGUUGCUAUGGUGCCAAAUGAAAACUGCCGGAUACCCCAAUGUUAAUGUUCGCAACUUCACAACUAGUUGGAGAGACGGUCUUGCAUUCAACGCUCUCAUUCACAAACACAGACCUGACCUCAUUCAGUAUGAUAAACUACAGAAGUCUAAUGCUAUGUACAACUUGCAGAAUGCUUUCCAAGUGGCUGAAGAAAAACUUGGCAUUACUCCACUUCUGGACCCUGAAGAUGUCAAUGUGGAAUUCCCUGAUGAGAAAUCUGUUAUCACCUAUGUUGUCACAUUCUACCACUACUUCUCCAAGAUGAAGGCUGAGACUGUACAGGGCAAACGUAUUGGAAAGGUUAUUGACAAUGCCCUCGAUACUGAGAGGAACGUUGAGGAUUAUGAGACUUUGACCUCUGACCUCCUUGAAUGGAUCGAGCAGACGAUCAUGAUCCUGAAAGAUCGUCAGUUUUCCAACUCCCUCAGUGGCGUACAACAGCAACUCACAGCAUUCAACCUGUACAGAACCUCAGAAAAACCACCCAAGUUUGUAGAGAAGGGUAACUUGGAGAUAAUGUUGUUCACAUUACAAAGUAAGAUGCGCGCUAACAACCAGCGACCAUACUUUCCUGUAGAGGGAAAACUUAUCUCUGACAUUAACAAGGCCUGGGACAAACUGGAGAAAGCUGAACAUGAAAGGGAACUCGCACUCAGAGAGGAACUCAUCAGACAAGAGAAACUUGAACAACUAGCACAAAGAUUUGACCGCAAAGCCGGCAUGCGUGAAACCUGGCUAAGUGAGAAUCAAAGACUUGUUUCACAAGACAACUUCGGCUAUGACCUGGCUGCUGUAGAGGCGGCGACCAAGAAACAUGAAGCCAUAGAAACUGACAUUAACGCGUAUGAAGAGCGCGUACAGGCAGUGGUCGCUGUCGCUGAAGAACUAGAAGCAGAAAACUACCAUGAUAUAGACAGAAUUAAUGCAAGAAAAGACAAUGUAAUCCGAUUAUGGAACUAUCUAUUGGAGUUAUUACGGGCUAGAAGAAUGAGACUUGAGCUCUCCUUACAACUACAGAAAAUCUUCCAAGAAAUGUUAUAUAUACUCGACUGGAUGGAAGAAAUCAAGUCCCGGUUGAUGUCAGAAGAUUACGGAAAACAUCUUAUGGGCGUGGAUGACUUGCUCCAGAAACACAGUUUAUUGGAGUCAGAUAUCCAUGUUCUUGGUGAACGUGUCAAGACAGUUAAUCUUCAGGCAAACAAAUUUGUAGAUGGAGACUUCUCAGAAGUUGGAGGCUACCGACCAAGUGACCCAGAGAUUGUUAAAGAUCGCAUUAAUACACUAGAGAAUGCAUAUGAAGAGCUACGCAGACUUGCCGAUGAUCGUAAAGGACGUCUCAACGAGUCCCGCAAACUGUGGCAGUUCUAUUGGGAUAUGGCUGACGAGGAGGGCUGGAUACGAGAGAAAGAACAGCUCAUGUCCGCCCCCGACCUGGGUCAUGACCUUACUAGUGUACAUCUCCUUCUUCACAAACAGAAGACAAUGGAGGAUGAGAUGACAGCUAGACACACCCAUCUGCAAUCCGUUCUACAAGUGGGUAAUGAUCUCAUUUCGGCUGGCAAUUUCGGCGCGGAGAAAAUCCAAGAGCGCAUUGACGAGAUCAACGAGCAGUGGGAAAGCCUCAUUGACUUGGCGGCCUUCAGGAAGAAGCGGCUUAAUGAAGCUGUUGACUUCUACCAGUUCUUCGCUGAUGCUGAUGACAUUGAUACAUGGAUGCACGACACAUUACGUCUUGUAUCUAGUGACGAUGUUGGACGUGACGAGGCGAGCGUACAGUCACUCCUCAAAAAACACAAGGAUGUGACAGACGAGCUGAAGAACUACCAGAGUGUCAUAGAAGCCCUUCAUGAACAGGCUGCAAACUUAGGAGAGCAGGAUCGUGAAUCUGAGUCUGUACAGACAACAUUAGAUAGUAUUGACCGACGCUAUCAGGAACUUUUGGAACUGGCCAAACUCAGAAAACAGAGACUACUGGAUGCUCUGUCCUUAUAUAAACUCUUCAAUGAAGCUGACAGUGUUGUUACAUGGAUAGAUGAGAAGGAGAAGCUUCUCACUACUAUGAUUAUCACAGAUGACAUUGAAGAGUUGGCCAUCAUGAAACAUCGUUUCGAAGGUUUCGAGCAUGAGAUGAAUGCAAACGCGUCCAAGGUGGGCGUAGUUAACCAACUAGCUAGACAGUUACUGCAAGUGGAACAUCCAAAUGCCACUGAGGUGAUCCAGAGACAGAAUGAUCUUAACCAGAGCUGGAACAACUUGAGAGAGCUUGUUGAGGCUAAGAGGGAUGAGAUUGAUGGUGCUCAUGGUCUACAGAACUUCCAUAUUGAAUGUAAUGAGACCAUCAGCUGGAUCCACGAGAAGGCAAAGAUCAUAGAGUCUACAGAAGAACUCGGCAAUGACCUCACUGGUGUGAUGACAUUGCAGCGUCGCCUUAGUGGUAUGGAGCGUGACCUUGCAGCCAUUCAGGCCAAACUGGAAUCCCUACAAGGCGAGGCUGAACGUCUCGAGGAGGAGAAACCAGAUGAAGCCGAGGCAAUCAGAGAGAAGAUUGCCGAGAUCAGCAGUGUUUGGGUUAACCUUAAAGACAUGUUGAAGGACCGUGAUGAGAAACUUGGAGAGGCAGGAGAACUUCAGCGCUUCCUUGGAAAUCUUGAUCACUUCCAGCAAUGGUUGUCUCGCACACAGACCACCGUUGCCUCAGAGGAUGCCCCCAACAGUCUCGCUGAUGCAGAAAGACUUCUUAACCAGCAUCAACAACUUAAAGAUGAAAUUGACGCAUACGUUCCAGAAUACGCUAAGAUGAAGGACUUUGGAGAUCGUGUUACUGAAGGACAAACUGAUCCACAGUACAUGUUCCUUGCUCAGCGUUUGAAUGCAUUGGAUGAUGGCUGGAAAGAGUUGUUACAGAUGUGGGACAGUCGGCAGCAAGGCUUGUCACAGGAUCUCAACUUACAGAUGUUCCUGAGGGAUGCCAAGCAGGCUGAAGUACUACUGAAUCAACAAGAAACCUUCCUGUCUAAGGAAGAUGUACCUAACACAUUAGAAGCAGCAGAAAACUUGAUAAAACAUCAUGAAGCGUUUAUUACCACCAUGGACGCGAACGAUGAGAAGAUUAACGCUGUACUUACAUUCGCUAACAGACUUAUGGAAGACAACCACUAUGCUAAUGAUAAAAUACACAAAAAAGCAGAAAAUAUUAAUGAAAGGAGGAAUACAAAUAGACAACGUGCAGAUGAACAGCUGGAGAGACUUAAGGACCAACUUCUACUCCAACAAUUCCUUCAGGAAUGUGAUGAGUUACGAGACUGGUUACAUGACAAGAUGGCCGAUGCCGAGGACGAGACUUACAGAGAUGCUAAGAAUCUUCACAGUAAAUACCUGCGUCAUCAAGCAUUUGAGAGAGAGAUCAAUGCUAAUAAAGACAGGCUCAUGAGAUUACAGGAGGCUGGUGAGCAAUUGAUGGCUGAGAAGCCCGAAACUCGUGAACAGAUUGAGCCAAUCCUGUCGAGUCUCUCCACCCAGUGGGACGAGCUUGAAUGUACGACCACUGCCAAAGCCGACAAACUGUUUGAGAACAAGAGAGCUGUGCUGUAUGAACAGAGUUGUGAUGAUAUUGAUGGCUGGGUCACGCAGCUAGAGACACAGAUCAUUCAAGCAGAGUCGGCAAAGGAUCUGACCACGGUCAAUCUACUCAUGAAAAACCAGAAUCAAUUAGAAAACCAGAUGAAGUUGAAGGAACAACAAGUAAAGGAACUUGAUGAACAGAUGGUGCAUGUGAAGAAGAUUGAACCAGAAAAAGAGUCCAUCAUUGAGGCUAGGAAAGCAGCUGUUGCUGAAAGGUUUGCUAAGAUCCAAGAACCGUUGGUGAAGAGACGUGAACAAUUAGAGAAGGUGAAAUUUAUCCACCAGUUUGUUCGUGAUGUGGAAGAUGAGAAGUUGUGGAUUGAGGAGAAGAUGCCACAAGCAACAUCUAAAGACUUUGGAAAUAGUCUCCUCACUGUACAACUGCUGGAGAAAAAGAACCAGUCUUUACAGACGGAAAUAGACAACCAUGAACCAAGGAUUAGCUCCCUUGUUGAGACUGGUGAGAACCUGAUCAGCGAGGGUCAUCCACAGUCGGAAGAGUUCAGGGCCCUGAUUGAUGAUCUUAUCAACAGGUGGCAGGCAUUGAAAGAUGCCCUCGAACAGAGGAAAGAAAGAUUACAACUCUCAGACACUGCCCAACAGUACUAUUAUGAUGCGUCGGAGGCAGAGGCAUGGAUGAGUGAACAAGAGUUGUACAUGAUGGGCGAGGAGAGAGCUAAGGAUGAGAUCGGAGCCCAGAACAUGAUGAAGAAACACCAGGCACUUGAAUAUGUAGUAGAGGACUAUGCUAAUGUUGUAAGACAGCUGGGAGAACAGAGUAGAGCUCUUAUUAACCAAGAUCAUCCAGAGAGUGAUCAGAUUGCAGUAAGACAGUCACAGGUUGACAAAUUGUACGCAGGUUUGAAGGAUCUCGCCCAGGAGCGUCGCAGCAAACUGGAAGAGGUUCUCAAACUGUACAUGCUGAGUCACGAGAUCGAGGAUCUCAUGCAAUGGAUCGCAGAGAGGGAAAUUGUAGCCAGCUCACAUGAACUUGGACAUGAUUUCGAACAUGUUACUUUACUUAAGGAAAGAUUCCAAGAAUUUUCGCGAGACACAAUAUCGAUAGGAACCGAGCGAGUGGCAGCAGCCAAUCAGACUUGUGAUAAUCUGAUAGCCCUAGAGCACUCCGACUCUGCCACGAUCGCUGAAUGGAAAGACACGCUGAAUGAACGAUGGGAGGACCUUCUUGAGUUGAUUGAGACUAGACAACAAGAACUACAGGCUUCUUGGGAACGUCACAAGUUCUUCAGCGAUUGUAAAGAAACUCUAGAAAUCAUAUAUGAAAAGCAAAAUUAUAUCCCAGAAGAGCUUGGCAGAGAUGCACAAAGUGUGGCUGCCUUACAAAGAAAACAUGCCAACUUUGAACAAGAUCUGGUCACUCUUGACUCACAGGUUCAAGCAAUACAAGAGGAGUCUGCUCGGUUACAAUGUGGUUACGCUGGCGACAAGGCACGGGAGAUCCACGAUCAGGAGCAAGAAGUGCUGGACGCAUGGAGAAACCUACACAAGAUGGUUGAAACACGAAGAAUGAAACUUGCUAACGCUAGUGACCUUUACAGAUUCUUUAACAUGGUCAGAGAUCUACUACUCUGGAUGGAUGAUAUCAUACGACAGAUGAACACACAAGAAAAGCCGAGAGAUGUGUCUGGUGUUGAGCUAUUAAUGAACAACCAUCAGAGUUUGAAGGCAGAGGUUGAUGCAAGAGAAGAGAAUUUCACUAUCUGCAUAAACCUUGGCAAAGAUUUACUUGAUAGAAAACAUUAUAGAUCUGAUGAGGUUAGAGAAAAAUUAAUAGAUGUAACAAAGAAACGACAGGGUAUGGUAGAUCAAUGGGAAACAAGAUGGGAAUAUUUACAAUUAAUAUUAGAAGUAUACCAGUUUGCUAGGGAUGCUGCUGUGGCAGAAGCCUGGUUGAUAGCACAAGAACCAUACCUAAUGAACCAAGAAUUAGGGGACACAUUAGAUGCUGUAGAAAACUUGUUGAAGAAACACGAAGCAUUUGAAAAAUCUGCAGCCACACAAGAAGAAAGAUUUGCUGCACUAGAAAAAUUAACAACGUUUGAGAUGAAGGAAAGAAAGAAGGCGGAAGAGGAAAGCCCAGAAGAUGUGUUAAGAGCAAAGGAAGAAAAAUUACAGCGUUUAAUAGCUGAAUUCUUACCCCCAGAGGAACCCCCAACCCCAGAACCUGAACCCGAAGUACCCGCAAGCCCAGAAGAACAAAAGCAAGAGGAGGAGCCCAUUGUAGCGGAGGCCCAGAAAGAGGCUGAAGCCCUAAUACAGUCAGAUACGACAGUAUCCACUCCCACCGUCUGGGAUGUAGAACUUGAGCCUCGCUCAGUGCCGCCCGUUCUUUCUGAACCAAUAAAACAGCCUGAUCCUCAGAUAGUAGAAGAAUCACCAGCUCGGGGCCAUCCGUCAGCUAGGCUAAUACGUCGAGAGGAAAAAGGUGCUACUACUGUAGUUUCUUCAGAACCCCCGCCUACUUCACCGCGCGAGAGAAAAGACGAGGUGACCCCUAAAUCCUCCCGAAGGUCAGGGUCAAGGACAGAUGUGACCCCUGAUUCAUCUUCAAGAAAAGGUUCAAAAUCAGAUGUUAGGGGUUCACCAAAGUCAGGCCGAAGGUCGUCGCCCCGUACUUCCCGCCAUAGGGACCCUUCAGACCCAAUGGCCCGAGGGGACGCCUCCACUCCUAGGAAAUCUCCGGCAGCUGGUCCUAGUACGGUACAUGAGGAAGGCAACCUGAGCAGGAAACAUGAGAUGGAAGGACCCAUGAAGAAAGCUAGCAACAGAUCCUGGGACAAAGUAUAUGUGGUUGUGCAUGGACCUGCACUCUCGUGUUACAAGGACCAGAAACAUGCUAAACAGGAUCCAAGUUCACUCAUUCACCAUGAGACAGCAAUGGAUCUUAAUGGUGCCGAGUGCGAGCCUGCCGUAGACUACAACAAGAGACCCAAUGUGUUCAGACUUCGACUUGCUAGUGGAGGGGAAUAUCUCUUCAUGGCCAAAGAUCAGUCUGAAAUGGAUCGGUGGAUGGGAGUAAUAAACAGCACAGCUUCAAAAGGCGGCGCUGCCCCUACCCGAUCACAGACCAUGCCUGCCAGAACAGAUGAACCAAAAGAUUCCGCAAAGAAGAAAGGAUUUCUAACUUUUAAAAAGAAAUAAACAUUUAUUAAAUUAAUUUUAGGACAAUUUUUAAUUAGUUAAAGGAAUUUUCAUUGUGUCAUAAUAUACCGGAAAAAUGAAACACUGGUUUUGUUACUCAGACCAUUAAAAUCGUCAAAGUCUUAGUGUGUAUUUAUAAACUAUUCAUAAUCAUUAAAGGCAUUGUUUACGACUGAAAAUGGAAUCGGAGUGGAAUAUAUGAGAAUCAACAAUGGACUGAAAAAAACUUCUAAAAUCGGAAAAUUUGUGAAUAAAGAAAACUAUAUAAACAGUUAUUGGGUGUUGAAAAUAACUAUUAUGUAUUGUAUUAUUGUCACUUUAUUUGUGUAUCUAACCAAGUUGGAAAAUGCAUCGCAUCGCCAGAUUUUCCAAUGUAGAGCUUUUUGUGGUCCCAUACCAUUGAUUUAUUCAUGUAUUAUUUCGUGUACACAUUUAAACUUUUUAUAUGGAUAAAUGUCGGAUGAGUGGAUGGGUUAAAGUCGGAUCAUGUAGAGAGAGUUGUUUCCCUUUGUAUUGAUACAUGAAAACCAGAUCUGUUUUUACAGAAGUGUUACUAAGCAACAGAUAUUUGUUGCUAUGACAACGGUCUGGUCAAUAGGGUCUUUUUUGCUUAUAGGAAAGGCAGCUUAAUAGUUUAAACUGAUGGGAUAAGGGAACUUUUUUUUCCAGCAUAUAUUGAUAUACAUGAUAAAUUCAAAUUUAAUUCUGCUUUCUUUUUUUAAGUUUGUAAAUAAUGUAAAAACCUAGUCGUGAGCUAUAGAAGAAAAGAAAGGUGUUUUUUAAAAAAAAAAUUGUUUUAAACAUUUUUUUUUUUGUCCUCUCUAUGUAGAUGGCCUUGCUAUUUAUAAAGUUAUAUGUCUGUUUUACUGUUAAAUUACACAAAAUAUAAAAGUUGUGUUUUUUCUUUUCUUUUUUUUCUUUGUGGUUUAAAAUAAUCAUGUUGUUCUUAUAUUUGUCAAACAUCUUUUUUUUAUAUAAAAAAUAAAAACUUUCUUGUC